UAGACCUAUUCUUUCCCCGUACUGAGUAUUUGUUCGUAACUUUCUCCGCUUCUACGCCCUCCCAUCCAGCGUCAGGUCUAGCCAGUCACCAAUCCAAAGGUAACCAUCCUCCACAUCCCGCCUUCACGCAACCGCUACCUUAGCUAACCACACUAGGUAGGGAGCUAGGCACAGCCUUAUUCGAUGCUCUUCACCCGAGUACCUACCUACCUAGGAGUCCUACCAACCUCACGUAGGUAGGCAGGAACAUCACACGGCUUGUCGGCAAGCUUGAGCCGUUACUACUCGUCUGCCCACCAACGCUCUCCUGCUUUACCUACUCCUCUCAACAAUCCAACCCCUCCUCCAUUUUGCGACCAGCACUGCGACAUAACCUCGCCAAACGCUGCCCAUAGGUCACGGCCAACCCCUCGUCGCCAUACUUCACCACUUGGUCUAAGGUGUUGGAAAAGUGGUAACAUUCGCCUGUCCGUCGCUCCACUUGCGCCUCGCCGAGUGUAGCACUGCACUGUUACUCGUCCCCGAAAUCGGAAUAGUUGCUGCCUGCGAGCUACUCAACCUCAAGAUGCAGUCGAUGCAGAGACAAUUCGGCAAGCUCAUGAAUAAGGGCCCCGGAGACAAUGCCAAAAUUGCUGCCGUCUUACACGACUACGAAGAUGCAGACAAACUGCUAGUCAAGAUUAUCGAGAAUACCAAGACUCUCCGUGAAGCAUGGGUCACCAUGGCCACUAGCCAGUGGGCCAUGGUAAAGGAGUACGAGGGCUUGUACGACCCAAUUGUUGGAGCCUCGGAGGGACAUGGCCGCCCCAGCGUUACAACUCCUCAGCUGCAGCUCGAUCGCACUUUCAAGCUUAGCGGCGCCUACUCUGACCUCAAGGACGAACUGACCGAAGAAGUGACGGCCAUCGAUAAGCAGGUCAUUGGCCCUGCUACCGAGGCCCAUGAGUACAUUCAGCCCCUUCGCAAGACUAUCAAGCAGCGGGAGAACAAGAGGUUGGACUAUGAGAAGGCUCAGGAAAAGGUCAAGAAGCUCCAGAAGAAGCCCGGCAAGACGCCCAAGGAAGAUGCUGCCCUGUCAAAGGCCGAGUUCGAGAUGACUUGCGCGUCCGAGGAGUUCCAAGUUGCCGACGGUCACAUCAGGGAAGCUUUGCCUCCGAUCAUCGAAGCUAUUUUCACAUUGAUUCCUCAUAUUCUAGCCUCUCACGUUACGAUCCAAAAUAGGCUUCUCGGGCUGUAUUACACUGUACUUCACAACUACUGCGAAGAUCACGACUUUCCUUCUCCCCCACCCCCGAUGGACAGCGUGAUAUCAACCUGGGCAGCAUCUUUUGUACCGAUUCAGAAGGAGGUGGAGGCUAUCAGUUGCAUAGCACAUGGCAAGAACUGGAGGCAACCAGUAAGGGUAGGGGAUGACGGCCAGGGCCGAAAGACAUCAACAUCGUCACGGAACGGCUUGGGUCGGACGCCUUCGGGCAUGAACGAGGGCGCAACACCGACCCCUCGGACCAUGCGAAUUCCCUCAAACAACGGAGGGAGCCGUCCAUCCAUGGCUCGGGAGCCCUCCCCUCAGCCUAGCCCGCAGUCAAGUAGCACGAAUGUCUCGCGGUCUCAGCUCGGAUUGCCAACCGACUUCACUACCGCCACGUCUCUUGGACAGACCCAGGGUUCACCUAACGUGUCGCCGUCAUACUCACGUACCCAGUCCGAAUAUUUUGGUCACCAGUCGGGGCUCAUCCCGGGUCAGGGGAGUCUGGCAGGGAAGAAGAAACCACCACCGCCGCCCCCAGCCAAGCGCUUCAAAGCGCCGGAAGAAUUUGUCGUCGCCCAAUAUGACUUCGCAGGGAGUGACGGAGAUCUGAGUUUCAACGAGGGAGACAUGAUCAAAAUCAUCAAAAAGACAGACACGGAUCAGGAUUGGUGGGUAGGCGAGAUAGGUGGCGUACGGGGCAGUUUCCCUGCCAACUACUGUAAAGCUGCUUGAUGCCCGAGAGUGUGUUUCGAACUCUUCACAUAUCCGCGAGAAUGAUAUCGUUCAAACAUAUCGGCAAGAAGCAUUCAUGAGGUACCCAUCAAAUGUGAAGGUGGAAGUAGUAUCUUGUUCAUUUUGUCCUUCCUCCCCAUGUAGUCUAUCCGCCGCCCUCUCUGUCUAAUCUUGAGCGAAAGCCGAAGCUGAGGAGUGGGGGAAAAAAAUAACACCGAUGCGAAGAUGGCCCGCACGAAUCUAAUCCCGUAACGAGUGUAGAGAUAACGCCGCAAUCCAUGCAUGCAUUACAGAUGGCUGGUCCGGCUUCAGACACAUCCUCCGCCGGCAAAACCAAACUGUACUGUUCCCCCAAUCCUAAAUAGAGAAAAAAAAAACAAGCUUUGCUGUAAUAACCAGAGGGUAUCAUAACCAUGAACGAUCGUCUUGACCUUGCCGACUCCAUUCCGUUUGUCUGUUUUGUGCUGCGUAUCUUCCUCCCCCUUGCCUUCAGCCGUCGUCAUACUGAGAUGAUGUGGCCCCAGAUGAACCACGCCACCGUAGCUUCGAUCGACGAAUACUGGCAUCUUUUUUUCUUUUCUUUUUUUUUUGCCACUUUAGAAAACUUGCGGACCCGCUUCCACCGCCGGCGAAGUUGCUCCCUCACGGCGGAUACGGUCUUCCUCGGCCCGCAACACGCGGGCAAUCUCAUCAUUGCGACCCCGAUCGAGAUAUCCACUCUGCCCUAAUCCUCCUUCCAGAUCCAUCGGCGUCACGGGUCCCGGGCUUCCCAGUGGCAAAAGCCUCGGUGAGAUGGGUUUGUGGACGCCGGUGCUUCCGAUAUGGUGUAAGCUCGUCAAGGGUACCCCAUUCAAGGUAAUAGUGGAGCUGGGAACCGCCGCGGUGACUUGACCUGGUGAACUUCCAAGCACUUCGCUCGCCGCUAGUCUUGCCUGGGCGAUCAUGUCUCGUUGAUAUUGUUGUAGUUUGCGGCGGACCUCGGAGUCUUGUCGUGAGGAUGACCUGAAGGCCUCGCGUGUGGGAAUGUGGCCUUCUGAUCGUGUUGACGAUACACGGCUCGGGGGUCCAGAAGGUCCUAUGCGGCCGUCUUGACUGCUGUUUCGCUCGUAGUUCGAAGGGUAGUACUUGCCCAUUGGCAAGGAUGUAUCGUGAACACCACUAGGGAUGUAUGAGGUAACGGGUGUGUUGACGGCGGAUGAACCUGAAGGGUCGGCAGCGCUCAUGGGAGAGAGAUGGAUUGAUGGUGCCAUGGCUGCAGAUCGGGAAGCGCCACGGAGGUCGGCUUGAAGGGAGGAGUCGACAGUGAGAGAAGCGGCCUUGUGUCUAGGCAAUCGACCCUCGGUUUUGGUUGAUUGAGGAUGAAGGCGAGAGGUAGAGCCCUUGGGAUCUUCGUGGAACGAAAAGUAACCACUGUGAUUUCAGUGUUAGCACACGGCACCGUACCACCAAAGUGCAGUGAUUCCGACAAACAGUUGAGUGGGAGAAUAGAGAUUUAAGGUUGGCUUAUUCGGGAAAGACGUUAAGGUGGCGGCGGGAAAGAAAACUAGGACUCACCCAGAGAGGUCGCCACGGGCUGACAAAGGAUCGGGAGGUGUGGGCGUGCAGGCAGGAGCCGAGUUUAUCUUUCGAAGAGUACUAGUCGUAGGAGACGGGUCAAGAGGAAUUGAGCGAGUUCGAUUGUAUCGUGCAGAUUGAAGAGCAGAUAGGUCGAGAAGGCAUGGUGCGGACGAUUCGCCUAUUAAGAAGAGCCAAAAGGCGGAUUAGUCUCGAGGGUAUCCUCUUGAGAACCUAAGCAAGGAACAUGGAUGUGUAAAAUUCCGAUCAAGCGUCUUGGGCCCAAAAGGAAAAGAAGAAAAAAAUAACUGCGUAAGAGAAAGGAAAAUACACUAUGUGCAUGACGCAACUGUAAGGGUCCCUGGUGGCCAUGCGAGACGGGAACGAACUUUCUGGGAGAGGUGAGAAAA